GCAAGCAAAAGAGCUCUCAAGCAGUCAGCCUGCAGCAAGCAAGGAGCUCUGCAACGAGUCUACAUUAAAAAUUGUGUUGCAAGCAUCUCAGCAUGGAAAGCCACAGUUCAGCAGGGAGAGAUGCUGAAGAAGGUGAUUUAGGCAAUCCAGGACCUCCCAUCCAGCCACAAGAGGACCAAGGAAGUUCAAGGCCCCAAAGAGAGGUCAGGCUGACACAACAGGCCUUGGAAAGCUAUGAUGCUGAGAAGCAAGACCUUGAUGCCAGGAUACAAAGGGCAUGGGACGGGGUUGAAGCUGAUAUAUCUGAAGCUGCAAAUGCCUCAGACACAGUGGCCUCAAUUCAGCGGGCCAUCCAGCGAGUGAAGGUGAGCAGCUCAAGCUACAAGCUCCUGGCAAAUAAAUACAUCUCCCUCCUGAUGAAGAUGAAAACAGAUGAGGGCCUUGAGGGAGUGCGCACGCAAGAGAACUUCCUCGAACUGCUCGAUGAUAAUGUACAGGCAGUGAUACAAGAUGCAAUAGACCAUGUGGAGGGCUUAAGAGAGACCCGAUCUCAGCACUCUGUCUCAUCCAGGUCCACCACAAGAUCUAAAGGCUCAGCACACUCAAAGACAUCAUCUACUAGUAUGGCAGCAGCUCAGGCACGCGCAGCAGCAGAAGCAGCAAAUGCCCGUAUUGCCUACAUGGCUGGAGAGCAAGCCAUGCUAAUUGAAAAGGCCUGCAUACAAGAAGAAGCAAGCAUAGCAACUGCUGCCGCACGAGAGCAAGAGAGUAUAUUAGUGGCUACUGCCACACGGAAGAAAAUUGAGCUGGAUGCUAAGUUAAGUACCCUACAGCUCAAAAAAGAAGCAGCUGCUGCAAGGGCCCAAGCAGAGGUGCUCCAAGCAGCAGCCAAUCAGGAUAAGGAAGAGAAUUGGAGUGAGUUUGGCACUCAGAUACCUGUCAAGGACCGUGAUCAACUCACCAGAAAAAAUAUUUUCGACUGGUCUGAACAAUGCAUCAAUGCUCCUCCACCAAACGAUACUGAACAAAUGGUGGACGUUCAGGCAUCGCCAUCUCCACACCAAAUGAACAUGAAUGCUGUCUAA